AUGACAAUAUCAUACGCAAGUCAAGAUCCGUGGCUCUUUUCAGGAACUGUUAGAGAAAAUAUUCUCUUUGGACUUGAUUAUGAUCCAAUGCGAUAUCGACAGGUAACAAGAGUAUGUUCACUUUUAAGAGACUUCAAUCAGCUACCCAAUGGUGACAUGACAACCAUUGGAGAACAUGGAGAACCACUUUCGGGUGGUCAAAAAGCAAAAGUUAAUUUAGCGAGAGCUAUUUAUAGGCAAGCUGAUUUAUAUCUUUUGGAUGAUCCUCUAAGUGCGGUCGAUGCAAGUGUCGCGCGAAUUAUUUUCAAGGAAUGUAUUGUCAAGUUCCUCCAAGGAAAAACACGAAUCCUUGUUACUCACCAACUUUACUCUCUCAAGUAUGCCAACACUAUUGCUUUAUUCGAACAGGGAUUUAUAAAAACUCAAGGAACUUUUGACAUUCUAACAAAGACAAGUUUCGAAUUUAAUGAAAUGUUAAAUACAAUACGACACAACGAGGUACAAGAUUAUACUCAAAUAUUUACAAAUAAUAUAAGUGAAGAAAACGAAAUUAGUAAAGAUAAAAAAUCAACUUUUGUUCAAUCUCGAUAUGGUUGUCAGUUUAUACCACGCGAAGAAUUAGUGGAAAUGAAAAUUCAAAACCACGUCAAUGAUAGACCAAUAAAAAAGAGCGAUAGCUAUGAUUUGAAAGGAAUCAACCGACGCUACUCAAACUCAUGUAGAAAAAUUUCCAUAUUUAUUUUACUAUUGGUUUUAUAUAUUUUAUUACAAUUAACGACUAUUGUUGCCGACCAAUGGAUGUCUUACUGGACAACUGUAGAGACAAUUAGAACUUGCAUUCAAGCUCCUAAAGACAUAUGCAUUGGUUAUGAAAAUCAAUUAAACUCAAUGGUCAAUAUUAAUAUAAUAAAACCACUUUUGAAUGAGCACAAAUUAUUAGCAGCCAACUUCGCAAUAUAUAUUUACACAGUAUUUAUUAUGGGUCUUAUUGGAUUACUUUUGAUAAUAGUUUAUUUAAAAAUAAAUAUUUUUAUAAGCACAGGACAAAAACUAUAUUUUUUGAUAUUUUCUAACUUACUCCAGGCCAGAAUGCAUUUUUUUAAUUUGCAUUUAUCAGAUCUGUUCAGAUCUGAAACAUCAGAUCUGUUUAGAUCUGAAACAUCAGAUCUGUUCAGAUCUGAAACAUCAGCUCUGUUCAGAUCUGAAACAUCAGAUCUGUUCAGAUCUGAAACAUCAGAUCUAAUUUGA